AUGGACCGAAAACGCGAUGAGGAUACCCAGAUCCACGGCCAAGAGACCGGCCAAAAGACCGGGAAUGCGCGACGCAAAGGCCGUAGACGACAAUCGAAAUGUGCAGACGUCGAAAAACCCCCCAAGUGGGACGGACACUACUUCAGCAACCCGCAAAUCUUCGUCAGGGACCUAGCCGCGUACACGAUUCCCCGGGUCCUGCCAUCGCUGCAUGAGACACCGCCCUUGCCGCGACCUCAAAAGAAAAGCUUCUGGCUGUUCGGCAUGAAGAACUUCAUCGAAGACUGCGUGGAGUUCGAAGUUGACAAACAGUUGCGGCAGGAUCUAGGCGCCGUAGAAGGACCACGUAGACAUGUGUGCCCGUCAAGCCGCUUGAGCGGGUUUGUCGUACGAGCUGACAGGUAUUUCUCCUAUGCCACAGAGAUGGUUGCGCACGAGGUAGAGAAGGAGAUUCGGAAAUGGGUGCGCAGGCACGAUGGGCAUCAAAGAAUACUAGGCAGGGCUGAGAAUGAUCACGAAGACGAGCACGCUGAUGACGAUGGUUGCGAAGACGAAAAUAAGAGACUUGAGUCCAUAGGGGGACAACAAAUAAGAGAAUAUGGUGGCGAGGACUAA